GUGGCGUUUUGUGUAACUUAUCCACUUAGUGAGCAAAACUACUCGACUCGUAGUAGUUGCAGAGAGGUUUUAGCCGCAGAAGAAAAGGGUUUACUCUGUCUUCUUCAGACUUCUCAGUGAUCGAAGCUAUGAUGACGACAACAACCAAUACUAUGGCUAUGCUUCAAAACCUCGUCUUCUCUGUUCCAAUCUCUCGUAUGGUAGUUCGGCGUCACUCCCUCGCUACCACCUUCUCCGCUGCCGCCACAACCGUCGUACCGUCUCCUAAACCGGUAUCAGCCAAACCGGCGCGUACUCCACACGUGGACUCACAUGUUCUCAUCGGAAUGUCAGAGCCUGAGCUUCAAGAGCUUGCUAUCAACCUCGGUCAAGAAGGAUACAGAGGAAAGCAGCUCCAUCAUCUUAUUUACAAGAGAAAGGUUAAUAAAGUUGAAGACUUUAGCAAUUUGCCACUGACGUUUCGUAAAGGACUUGUGGAUGGUGGAUUUAAAGUGGGAAGAUCACCCAUUUACCAAACUGUUACUGCCACUGAUGGUACCAUUAAGCUUCUGCUAAAGCUUGAAGAUAACCUAUUGAUCGAAACUGUUGGUAUACCAGUUCAAGAUGAUGAGAAGGGCAUAACGCGCCUCACCGCUUGUGUCUCUUCCCAGGUUGGAUGUCCGCUUCGUUGUUCGUUUUGUGCCACGGGAAAAGGAGGCUUUUCAAGAAAUCUGCAGCGCCAUGAAAUUAUUGAGCAGGUGUUGGCUAUCGAGGACGUGUUCAAGCAUAGGGUGACAAAUGUGGUUUUCAUGGGAAUGGGUGAGCCGAUGUUGAACCUAAAGUCAGUACUUGAUGCUCAUCGUUGUUUGAACAAGGACAUUGAAAUCGGACAACGAAUGAUUACAAUAUCGACUGUAGGUGUUCCAAACACAAUCAAGAAGCUUGCAUCUCAUAAGCUUCAGUCGACCUUAGCUGUCAGCUUACAUGCGCCAAAUCAGAGCCUCAGGGAGAAAAUUGUACCAAGUGCCAAGGCUUAUCCGCUGGAAGCAAUUAUGAAGGAUUGUCGUGAUUACUUCCAAGAAACAAAUAGACGAGUCUCUUUCGAAUAUGCCCUUCUAGCUGGAGUCAAUGAUCAAGUUGAGCAUGCGGUGGAACUUGCAGAGCUACUCCGUGAAUGGGGUAAAACUUAUCACGUAAAUUUGAUACCUUACAACCCGAUAGAGGGAUCAGAGUACCAGCGACCUUACAAGAAAGCGGUCCUAGCGUUUGCAGCUGCGUUGGAGUCGCGUAAGAUAACAGCAAGCGUAAGGCAAACAAGAGGACUUGAUGCAAGUGCUGCUUGUGGUCAGCUGAGGAAUAAGUUUCAGAAAAGCCCUUUGCUUACUGAGACGGAUAGUCAAGAGUCUCAGCCAGAUGCAGAAGCUGUCGCUUGUUGAUGUCCUGGAUUGCACAAAUUUCCGGUUUUGCCAUUGGAUGGCUCUGUUCAACUUUGGUUUGAAGAGGAGACAUGGCUCAAUCACGGAAAGGAAAAAUCGUCGUGAGGGUUGGUUGGUCAGUGUGCAACCAAGGAUGAAGAGAUUGAAGCACGUUUGAGAUGUGACGACUUUGACGAUAGGUGUGAUGAUAUUUACUUUGGUUAAUAAUUAUGACAAGGGAACUAACUUAAAGUAUUGUUGUUACUCAGUGAAUGAUGUCAAAUCCGUAAAUCUAUAUUUCAAAAUUCCUACCCGAAUUGUCAUUUCACUUUACGAUGUGGUGUUCUAUUUUC